UACGUUAUUUAUUUGAAAAGAAAUUGGUUGCGGUUUUCUAAUAAAUCUUAUGGAAUAAUCUUCAUUAUCUUGCUUGUAUAGAUAGUUGUCAACUACGUUUACUUAUUGUAAUAUAGUGUUAACUUAUUAAAUGAUCGCUUGACAAAAGGAGAUCUUGCAGAAGCGUCACACUGCACCUGUAUUGUAUUGUUACAAUACAAAGAUGGAGAACAAGAAACCCGCAGGUGAUAAUUUCAAAGUGCCAACUUUGCCCGUCGGCCGCCCCUUACAGUCGAGCACCAAAACGAACAUCGCGGACUCGAAGGAAUCCACUUCGCCGGGCUUCAAGGGUGCACACGAGAAGAAAAGUUCGUGGGCAUUGACAGAUUUCGACCUCGGGCGCGCGCUGGGCAAAGGGAAGUUCGGGAACGUGUACCUGGCGCGCGAGAAGGAGUCGCGGUACGUGGUGGCGCUGAAGGUGCUGUUCAAGAGCCAGAUCCUGGACGCGGACAUCGAGCACCAGGUGCGGCGCGAGGUGGAGAUCCAGUGCCGGCUGCGGCACCCCAACAUCCUGCGCAUGUACGGCUACUUCCACGACGAGAAGCGCAUCUACCUCAUCCUCGAGUACGCCAAGCACGGCGCGCUCUACAUGCUGCUCAAGCAGCGCGGCCGCUUCGACGAGCGCGCCGCCGCCGUCUACGUGCGCGACCUCUCCAGGGCGCUGCUCUACUGCCACGCCAAGAAGGUCAUCCACCGCGACAUCAAGCCCGAGAACAUACUCAUCGGACACAACGGGGUGCUCAAAAUAGCCGACUUCGGCUGGUCCGUGCACUCCCCCUCCUCUAGGAGAAUGACUCUCUGUGGAACCUUGGACUAUUUAUCCCCGGAGAUGAUUGAAGGCAAGCCCCACAGUUAUGCGGUUGACAUUUGGAGUCUCGGUGUGUUAUGCUAUGAGUUACUUGUAGGAUUACCUCCGUUUGACGCUAAACACUCAAAUCAGACUUAUUUGAAAAUUAAGUAUGUAAUAAUUAAGUAUCCAGAGUAUGUGUCGGAGAAGGCAAAGGAUCUCAUGGGUAAGCUGCUGGUGGUGAACCCGGAGCACCGGCUGCCGCUGGCCAGCGUGCUGCAGCAUCCCUGGAUCGUAGAGAACGCCCCGCCGGGGGCGCUGCCUCCCGCCUUCAACCCCGACCCUAAUGCCAAACUAGAGAAUAACCAAUAAUAAUAUAUGUUGUUGACUAAUUAAUGAUAAUGUUAAAUGUGAUUUUAGAUUAUGACAAUAGCAUAACUUAAAAAUGCAUUGAGCUUAAUUGAUUGAAUUGGAAAAAAGGUUUAUUAAAAGUUCUGUGAAUGAUAUGUAUAUGUGCACAAAUGCCGAGGCUGGUAGUUACCAGCCACCAGUUGGUGUUUCACUGUAUUGUUUAUCAUAGUAUUCAAAUCUUCAAAUCAAUACCAAACACCAGAAAUAUUUUUGACAUUGUUGUGGUUGAAGUAUAGCAAGUUUUUACAUAAUUAUUUAUGAUUCCACUGUGUAUUUAUUUGCUAACAACUGUAUUAGGAUAUUAGCGUGUUUGCCAAAUGCCAACACUGCCAAGUAGGGCUAUCUGUAAAAUAAUGCCAUUUUAGUAGGAAUAUUGUUUGUCGUAGCAUAAUUUGUAUUUUUAUGAAAUGUAAUUAGAUAGCGAUUUAUCUGUAUGAUUAUGGUAUCUAUUUUGUAAGGGGGUUUGGGAAAUAAUGUAGUCAGCGUUGUCGGCCCUGCGUUUAUUACGUGUACACAUUUGGAGUCAAGUUUAUUCGCCAUGUUCAUUCACGCGACUAAUUAUGACUGAACUAGAUGUAAAGAAAUGUUAACUUAAAUCAUGAUCUUAUUAUAUAGUUUAAAUACAUAAUUUUAAAACUGAAA